AUGUCUUCCGCUUUCCCCCCCACGGCGGCCGCUUCCCAGGGUUCCAAUUCUCGCCAGUCGGCGCGUCAGACACGCACGAACCCAUCCCGGACCUCCAAGACUCAGGGUCGCUCGUCCUUCGCCUAUGGACAUUCUUCAAUGGCCGAUGCAACUCCUACGCCGCCCAUUUCCCAUGGCUUCUAUCCGGCAAUCACGCAUUUCACAGACGCCAUCGCCGCGCUACCCCGGGAGUUUCGCCGACACAAUUCGUUGCUGAAGGAGGUGGACGCUAAAGCUUGGGCUUUGGAGGACAAUUUACUCCAGCUUCUGAAGUCCUCUUCUGAAUCUCAGGCUGUUCCUUUUCCUCCGAAUCCGGCACCUGUCAUUGCUGGUGCGGAAUUAUCUCAGCCGCCAGAAUCCCAGGAGAGUAGAAACCGUCGGAUUCUGUUUGAUCGCGUACGGCAUACCCUUUCGGAUUUGAUGAUGACCGCGGACGAGAAAAACCAUGUGAUCUCCAAUGCGAAUGAUGAGCUGGACCGUCAGAUUCUGCGUCUAGACACUAUCUUUCCCUUUAUUGCAGGCGAGAUAAGCGAUGAGGCGCGCUUGGGUAGCCUUACACAUUGGGCUUAUUCGAAUCGAAAUGCCGCCGCCAAGGCUGCUGCCAAUGAACGCCCUCGCCGGGAAGCCGCAUCAAACAAGGAUUUAGUCCAUGCUCUUCAGGAGGCAGAAGCCGUAUCACGAAGCGAAGCCCGACGGGAAGCUGUCUUGGCACGGAGACAGCGUCGAGGACAUGCUGAUUCUGAUCUUGAUGAAGUGCGCACUGGUGGCAGUCGCAAGGGACAGUCGAGUAAAGUACGUGCUGCUACAGGCGAUGCGUCUACUGCUGGUCAUGCGCAUGGAGCCAGUGGUACGUCUGGCCAGACGAAACGUCGCAAGGUCGAACGGCCGCCACAGGUAGAUACGGGGGCUGCAAUGGAGAGGACCGCCAGCAGCAAUGCCUCCGGGCGGGCGGCCUCCAAGGACGGACCUGAUGCUACGAAGAAAAGAUCCCGCGCACCGAAUACGAAUGCCGCUGCCGCACGCAAAAGGAACAAUACCGGUGUUUCUUCUACAGAUUCUCCCAUUCUGGCACCGUCACCGGUUGUUGGGCCCGCAACCAUACCACGGAACACAGGCAGUCCAGGACCAGCUGCUCCAGCUCGCCCGCAGUCGUCUCGUGCUCAACAAAAUGCAAACCAAACUACUAAUGGCCGCCAAAGACCAUCAUCCUCGACCUCAAACCGUGUGGCUAGUAACAAUAAGCCAAUGGAGGCCAGGGCGAUACCCAAAGAGACUGCUUCCAGAGCUGAUGCGGUUCCAGCACCAAACCCAGAUAACCAACGUCGGGAGGCAGACAGUGAAGCUGUGGAUGUGGCCGUGUCGAAGGUUUCGGCACCCGUUGGUACCAAGCGUGACGACGCAGACGGCAAGCCUACCGAAUCAAUUGAACGAGCGGAAACUCCAGCGUUACCCGCGUUGAACACAGCACCGAAGGGACGAUCGUCCAAGACAUCGACACCUGUCACGACAACGUUCUCAGAGAGUACCCAGCAGCGUGUACGGGCUACACGCAGUACAGACCCUGCCCCUUCCAAGCGAUCCCAGAAGAAGAAUGGCAGCACGCCGGUGGCGCAGCCGAGAGCUCCGUCCGAAGAGGAAGAAUCUCUCCAUGAAGGGGAUGACGAGGACGAAGAGGGAGAGCCGCGAUACUGCUACUGCAAUGAGAUCAGUUUCGGAGAAAUGGUUGCGUGCGACAAUGACGCAUGCCCCCGAGAAUGGUUCCAUUUGUCCUGUGUUGGAUUGACCAAGCCUCCGGGCAAAAACGUCAAAUGGUAUUGUAAUGAGUGCAAGGAUAACAUGCGACGCGGUCGAAAUGGACGGUAG